AUCGAGAUAUAAAAACAUGAAGAGGAAUUUCGCUGACAGUUCUUUGAUCCGUAGUACAGCAGGCUGUCUUCCAGUCCCACUCUUCAAUCAGAAAAAAAGGAUCAAACAACCACUCACAUCAAAUCCGCUUAAAAAUGAGCCAAGCAGUAACAAUUCAGCUGAUCAUUUCAAUUUCUCAGCCUUGCUUGCAGAUUUCGGAUGGGAAACUGAGAAGCCAGAACCGGUCCAGCUGCAGAAAACAGUAGGCACCAACCCAACCGAGCUUGCUACUUUGUCGAGGCAACAACACCACACAUCAAAAUCAACAAUGCCUCAUGCAGGAAGCAACUUGAAUAACCGGAGGCAGGCGGAAAGUACUAAUGUUUGGAAAAGAAAUGACUUCCCAGCUUUCGGCCGCAGAACAGAGGACAAAAAGCUUUCGCAACUGGAUGACCAUCCCAGUCAUUGGAUGAAGCCUGGAGCCAUGUACCAGAAAUCAGCUGGCCUGCCACAGGGAUCGCAGAGAAGCCGAACAGAAGAGGCAGAAGACUGGGAUCCAGCUGUUUCCCAGUGGCCUGCAGUUCCAACAGCCAGGCUCAGAAAUCUGCAAACUCGGGAUCCCUGCUACACAUUUAAACACAGCCCUGGCCCACAAAACACCCAUAAGGAAAAAGAUGACCAUUUGCAAAGCAACAAAACAAUUCAGAAAAGGCCAGAGGGCCACUCUAAAGCGAAGGAGAAAAAGAAUUCUCUUCGAAUUUUGUCUGCUGUCAUCAAAAGCAUGAAGCACUGGAGUCAGUAUUCUACGAAAACUCCACUGUUAUUUGAAGUGCUGGGUGUUCUGGACUCUGCCGUUACCCCUGGACAAUUUGGUUCGAAAACUUUCCUUUUGAGAGAUGGAAAAGAAACAGUGACGUGCGUGUUUUAUGAGAUU